GACUCUUGCAGGACUGGGCGAAGGGGAUUCUCAGCCACGUGGGAUCUUCAGAUUUGGAGAGGUUGGGUAUCCGUUCGCGUGUUGCGUGGCCGCUGUGGAGCUCGCCAGCCGGAAUCUUUGUUAUGGCACAGCUUCAGGCUCGCUUCUUCACCAACAAUACGAAAUAUACAGUAGAUGAUGUUCCUUUUUCUAUCCAAGCUACCUCUGAAGUUGCUGACCUCAGUAACAUUAUCAACAAAUUGUUGGAAGCCAAAAAUGAUGACCACAAAUAUGUGGAAUUUGACUUCCUUGUUAAAGGACAGUUCUUGCGUAUGCCUAUGGUCAAACACAUGGAAAUGGAAAAUAUUUCAACAGAAAAUGUAGUAGAAAUUGAAUAUGUAGAGAAGUAUACAGCACCCCAGCCUGAAGAAUGCAUGCUACAUGAUGACUGGAUCAGUUCCAUUGAAGCUACAGAAGAAUGGAUCUUGACUGGUUCCUAUGAUCAGACUUCCCGGAUUUGGUCAGUAGAAGGCAAACCUAUCAUGACACUUGCUGGGCAUGUAGAUGUGGUAAAAGAUGUAGCUUGGAUUAAAAAAGACAGCUUGUCAUGCUUCUUGCUCACUGCCUCUAUGGACCAGACUAUCUUACUCUGGGAAUGGAACGUGGAAAGGAACAAAGUGAGGGCUCUUCAUUGCUGCAGGGGACAUGCAGGAAGUGUAGAAUCUGUAGCUGUGGAUAGUUCAAGGACCAAAUUUUGCAGUGGCUCCUGGGAUAAAAUGCUGAAGAUAUGGUCUGCAGUGCCUACUGAUGAAGAGGAUGAAGCAGAGAUGGAGGAAGUAGUAAACAGACCAAGGAAAAAGCAAAAAACUGAGCAGCUGGGACUAACAAGAACUCCUGUUGCAACCCUCUCUGGUCAUACAGAAUCUGUGUCUUCCGUACUUUGGUCAGAUACAGAUGAAAUCUGCAGUGCUUCAUGGGACCACACCAUUAAAAUUUGGGAUGUUGAAACUGGAAGCUUUAAAUCCACUUUGACAGGAAACAAAGUGUUUAAUUCUAUAGCCUAUUCGCCACUUUGUCGGCAUAUAGCCUCAGGGAGCACUGACAGACACAUUCGGUUAUGGGAUCCUCGGAGCAAAGAUGGCUCUCUGGUAUUACUUUCUCUCACCUCACAUACUGGCUGGGUAACUUCAGUGAAAUGGUCUCCUACUCAUGAGCAGCAACUUAUCUCUGGUUCUUUAGAUAACAUUGUCAAACUUUGGGAUAUAAGAAGUUGCAAAGCUCCUCUUUAUGACCUGGCGGCUCAUGAAGACAAAGUUUUCUGUGUGGAGUGGACUGAAGCUGGGUUGCUGCUGAGUGGUGGAGCAGACAACAAACUGUAUUGCUACAGAUACCAAGCAACCACUUCAGAUAUUGGAGCAUGAAAGGAGGACUUUGCUGGAUCUACAUCACAUAUAUGAACAGAAAGUGGCCUGCUAUUUGUAGAAGGGAUGUUCUGGAGCCAGUCAAAUAUGUAUUCUUGUGGCAUGCAGCAAAAUUUAUUACCUUGUCUUUCUUCAGGAUUGAAAUUGCUGUCCUUGUAUUUAAAGCUUUUUUUAGUGUACAUAUAUGAACUGUACAAAAGAAAUUAACCACUUAAACAUGAUAUUGGAUUUUAGUAUAGUAUUUAUGUCAUUUAAUCUUAUUUUGUGCAACUGUAUUUAAAUGUUUCAGUUCAUUAUAAUUUUCAGCUUUCCAAACCAUUUGAGAAAAAAUGUCCUUAUAUUGGAAAUUUGUUUAAAUUUGGCUAAUGGUAAUUCUAUAAAAUGUAUGUUUUUGAGUAUUUUUAAUUAAAUAAAUACAUUUACCUUUGAGAAGAGA